GAGAGAGAAUAUUUAUUUGACUAUUUAAAGCUUUCUUUAUCACAACUCUCCUUCAUUUUUCUUCUCCUACUUCUAAAACCUUUCCUUUUAUUCUCUCUAAUCAUUUUCUUGUUCGUGUUCCUUAUUCUGAUUCCUCUUCUCAUCAUUUGAUUCAAAAAGAACCAAUCUUUUCUAAUAUCUCCACUCUUCUUCUUGUUUCCUACACAAGUGGAACAACUCUCUGGUUUUUUUACCUUUUUGGUACUCUGUUUCUGGAGUUAAAACAGAGAAAAGAGAUAUGGGUUUUUCGAAGAAAUCUCAAUUAGACGGCGGUUUAGAUUUCGACGGGAAGAAAUGGGUUAUCGCCGGAAUCGGGAUUCGGGCUUCACUGAAGCCGGUGAAGACAAAACUCAGAGCACCGGAGACUGAAGCCGAAGUUGAAGAAGAGGAAGAAUGUUCGACGACGCCAACUGCAAAGGAAGCAAAGAUACCAGAGAAAUUGAAAUGUCCUCCAGCACCCAGAAAGAGACGGCCGGCGUUGAAGUGUCGGAGUAACGCCGUUAGAGAGUUCUUCACGCCUCCUGACGAUUUAGAGACGGUGUUUAUACGGCGCCGUUAAGUAACAGAAACAAAAAUAUUAGUGAGUUUGUAUAUUAGUCGUGUAACGUAUUAAUUACAAGCCAUGAAACUUCAGUUACAAUAUUAGUAAUUAGAUUUUAAUGAUUUCCUUAGAGUGUAUGCUUUUCAAAAUUCAGUUUGCUCUUUUUAGUUUUUUUUUCAUAGAGUGUAUGAUUUCCUUAGAGAUUAGUUUCUGUAUUUUUUUUGUCAUAACGGGAAGUUUAUUGUACAAACAUGAUAAUGGAUAGUUUCUAAAUUAGCUUCAUACCAUAUCUUGUUUUGGUUCUUUUUUUUUUUUUUUUUUUGAACAACACAUUUGGUUCUAUCUAUAAGUCAUAUAGCUAUAUUAAUUUCUUUAAAAUCUACUGUUGUUAUAAAGGACAUUUUGUAAAUUAUACAGUGAAAGAUGUAAUUUAACGAUGAUAAUGGUUAACCUCUAAACUUGAUUUAAUUCCAUAUUUACUUCAUCACUUUGGUUUUAUCUAUCUCUCGGUUUCAUGAAUAUUCUGAUUAUGCAUACUGUAUAUGCACAAAUAUCAGUCACAACUUGUAAAAUACUAAUUUAGAUGUAGAUAAUUAUAGAUUGAUAAAAGAAAAAUGUAGAUAAUUAAAAUCUUAGAGCCUUUUAGAUUCGGCCUACGAAGACCAGAAAGGAAGUGCGUUAGCAAAACGUACCAAUAAGAAAUAACAAGCGGUGAUAGCCUAAUGGCAAUUUGUUAGAGUUUGAUGUACUCACAUUUCUAAUUUUGAUUCCAUUGAAAAUUAAAUUAUCACUAUUUACCAAUGUAGGUUUAGAUUUCAGCUCAAGUGGUUUACAUGGUGGGUCGUAACAGAUGAUCCAUCACCUGACAUUAGUCAAAAAAAUAUUUUAAACUCGGAUCAGGUAGUAUAGUAUGCUUUCAGUCUAUUCCACUUUUUACUAUUAAGUGUGUUCCUUCCUUUCGGAGCCAAUCUAAUCAGCUAAUAGCGCUUAUAAAAAAAAACGUACCAAUAAUCUUAACCAGUAAAACUGACCAAUAAUUUACACAAGAGAAAAAGCCUACACGUCAAGCCUUUGAUGCCCUUCUUGUUGAUCUAACUUUUGUUAUUUUUGAGGUGAUAAUAUUCGAUAUACAUCAUCAUAGAGGCUGGAAUUAUUAUUUUUUGCCCGCCAACUAAUACACUGGUUACCUCAGUACAUGUUUUUGAGUAUUUGAUGCACGGUUCACCAUCUCCUGCGUAUUUUGUUGUUUUUUUCUUUUAAAAUAGAAGAAUUUUAUAAUACAAAUAAGGUUUGAUAUAAUGUGUUUUUAAAUAGUAAUCUUCAAAUAUAAAGUAAAAUGUAAAAUAAUAUUAUUUCUUCUUCUAUAAAUACAGGAAAAAUAGUAAUCUCUAUUUUAGAGCAAAAAAAUAUAGAUGAGCUAGAGUAAUUUUAUCUAAAUGCUAUUUUAGAAGAAAGUAAAAAAACUGUGUUGAAGAUGUUCUAAGUGUUUCAUUCAGUUCCGGUUCUGGAUUUUGAAUUUUAACAAUCAUAUUUUCAUUAUGUUUUUAAUUUCAUUUUAGUUCAUAUCAAUUUGGCUAUAGUUUAUAUAUAACGAGUGUUGAAUCGGCUUUUGGAUAGAUUUUUUGGAUAUGGUUUAAGUUUAGAUUGAACCGUACCAUAUACUUACUUUACUUAUCUUCAUAGAAAUCUGUAUGAUGUUGUUAUCUUCAUAGGUUGAGAUCCAUAUAUUGCUGUCCGAGUGUUUGAAAAAUUCCUACAAAAGUUUUUUCCAUAAUUAUGCUUGAUUUACUUUAUCAAAUGUUCUAGAUGUGGGAAAAGACAGUUUUCAUUAACAAAUAAUAUGGUGGGAUCUUAUUUCACAUGUUUUAUUUUAAAGAAAAAGAUGGGCAUAUGAUUGAAACUAUUUAAAAAGAGAAGAAAUGAACAAUUUUACAAUGCCCACAUGUAAUGUUUUAUUUUGUGACUUAAAAUGACUGAAGGAUUCCAAUGCAUGACCUUUUUAAGGAGGCCUCUUCUAAAGCCAUCCAACAAAUGUUUUUCUUUUUUUUAGGUUAAAGAGCUUUUUACGUCACAAUUGCAAACUCAGAAGUCCAGUCUCUUUAUUUUAUUUACUACUACUUUGUGUAGUAUACAUUAAUUAAUUAACCGUCUAAGACAUUAUGAUUACCAAUUACUCAUGCUACGCACCAGUACUAUUUCAGUGUUAAAUAUGUGUUGCAUGUAAAUCACUAAUCGUCACUCUCUUUAUGUUCUUGUGGUUUGAGUCAUGAAAAGGACAAAAUAGGUUCAAGAAUAACGGUGCGAUAAGAGAAUCCAAUGUGGGACUUAACGCUUUGUUUGCUUCCUUCACGCGAUAGCGACCAGUCUAGUGUUUUCUUUUUUAUUUCUAAGAUGUUUGGACUGGGGAGACUAUGACGAGUUUGGAUCAUUCUUGUGAACGAGUUUAUAGUUCACCGUCACGACUUGAAUUUAUAGGAACUAAGACAUUUUAUUUCCUUGAAUAUUUCUGUGUUUGUCAACUGAAAUGCGCUACCGACACUAAGUAUUCUUAUGUUUUGCUUUCUCUACAUAAUAUUCAGUAACUUAGUAAUUAAA